AUGGCAGCGCCCGUGACGUCCCGCUCGGAGCCCAAAGGCAACAAGAGCUACAGCAGACAAACUGGACACAGCGCUACGAAACGCCCCGCUGCCAAUGGCGAGGACGGCAAGAAGUCCUUCAUGGACCAGAAACUGGCCAAGAAGCAGCGCAAGAUGCAGCGACCGCACUACGAAAUGGUGACGCGCGCAAAGGAGAUCUGGAACGUCAUUCGGGAGCGGAAGGUGGACAAGAACAAGCGCGCUGCGCUCGUGGACGAGCUGUACCUGCUGGUCAAGGGCAAGAUCUACGAUGUGGCGGCUAAGCACGACGCGUCACGCGUCAUCCAGUCGCUCAUGCAGUACGGCAAGCCCGAACACCGCUCGCAGAUCGUGCUGGAGAUGAAAGAUCAGCUCAUUGAGGUGGCCAAGAUGCAGUAUGGCUGCUUUCUGGUGCAGAAGAUGAUCUGCUACGGCAGCGUGGCGGACCGUGCCGCCAUUGUCAAGUGUCUGACAGGCCACGUGGUGCAGGUUGGUACACACAACAUCGCUGCCAAUGUGCUCGAGUAUGCGCAGGAGUAUCUGAAGCCGUCUCAGCUCUCCGCGCUCAAGUUGGAGUUCUACGGUCGUGAGUUUGCCUACUUUCGCUCGGAGAGUAAGCACAAUCUGGCGGACAUUAUUCGCGCGCAUCCGGAAAAGAAGGCGGAUGUGCUCAAGCAUCUCUGCAGUAUCCUGAACCGCAUGGUCGACAAGCAGCUCCUCGGCUUGGCGUUUGUGCAGUCUUUGCUAUGGGAGUACUUGUGCAACGCUGAACACGAUGAGGUCAUGCACAUGGUGGCUAACGUUCGCGACGCUUCGUUGGCGCUGCUUGCUACGCGAAACGGUGCUCGUGUGGUCAACAGGUGCAUCUCGCUCGGUGCGGCGAAGGACCGUAAGCGCAUCAUCAAGGCCCUCAAGGAUAAGGUGCUGGAGGCAUGCAACCACCCUAGUGGGUAUCUCGUGAUCAUGCGCAUCUUGGAUGUGGUGGACGACUCGGUUCUCGUACAAAAGUCCAUUCUGGCAGAGAUGAACGAUGAGCUGUUUUCGAUUGCGAUGCACGCUGGUGGACGCAAGAUUUUGUUGCAGCUCUUGUGUCCGUUAAGCGCGAAGUAUUUGUCGCACGACGACCUCGUGCUGCUCGAGCCUCCCAUGGUGCAAUCACCGGAGGAUCCAAGUGUCAUGGUGGUCAAUUACAAAAAAGACCCGGACGCCCGUCGGAUGGAGCUGCUCAAAGGUUUGCUGCCUAAGCUCGAGGAAAUGUGCAUCGCAAAUGCGGCUGAGCUGAUGCGAUCGAAGGAAGGCCGCGACGUGAUUGUCGAGGUUGCUAAGCACAGCGAGAGCAAUGAACUGGCCGACAGUGUGGCUGCUGCCGUUCUUGAAGAGGAAGCUGAGCCUCUCUACACCGAUGCCAACGGCCACUUUGCUCUGCGCCGCUUGAUCAUGGAAACCCGUGUGGCAGAGCCUCUACUCACGGCCGCCAAAGAUCAGUUGUCGAAGUGGGCGGUAAGCAACCGUGGUUCCUUCGUGGUCCUCGCGUUCUUGGAGACUAAACACGCUCCCGCUAACGCGGCCGCCGUGGUGAAGAAAGCACUCAAGCCUACGAUGAAAGAUCUGACAAAGCUUGCGGACGCACAGCAGGGUACCAAGUUACUGCUUGAAAAACUAGAAUAG